GAUUGUCGCCCUCCUCUUCGGUCUGCCCUCCUCUGCCCUCGCCAUUCGCCGCCUCGCCGCCUCCUCGCCAGACGACCAGUGACCAAGACGACAGUCCGGCAUCUCAUUGUCUCUGUCUCUCCCUCGGUUGUCCGGCAUCUCAUCGUUUGACUAUCUCGACCGCCGUCCGACAUCUCUCCCUGCGUCGCCAGCGGUCUCUCGUCUGGAGUGCUCGCCGGCCGCCGCCUCGCCCUGGUCUCUCACCGCUGUCUACUUCUCCCUCCGUCAUCUGAAGAUAAUUGCUGCUAGUAUAAGGAAAGAUGGAAAAUGCAGAGGAUGAAGGCCGUGUUGGAGGUGGACACCAAGAGAAACAUGAAGAUGAGGUAAUUUCAGCUUCUAUGAGAGAACAGUUGCAAAGUAUGCAGGAGCUACAACCAUGUAUUUUGUAUCCAAGAAAUUGAAGAAAAAAUAUAACAUCACUGAUGAGCGCGCAGCAUUAUAUAAAGCGGCAGAAACAUGGGUUGAUGCUUUGAAUGUCCGAGACUUUCUAGAGAUUAAGAAGAUGAGGAAGAAUCCUUUGAAAAGCUCCAAGAGUUCUUUGAAUGAGGCAAAUUUCCAUCAUUCCAUGAGAACAGGGAUGAGCAAGCAAAAGCAGCUAGCAGAAGACAUUCUGAGGUAUGGGGACAUAAAAAUUGCAGCAGAAGUGUUCACAUUUCGCGAGCUUACCAACGCGACAGACAACUUCAAUCCGGAGCUGUUUGUGGGGGAAGGAGGAAAGAUCAAGGUGCAAUUCAAUCACUGAAGAAGGCAUCACCUACAAGCCUUAGAAUUUCUCUAAGAUCGGUAUGCUACAAGCACCCUCCAAUACAGCAACACCCCUACUGAUUGAAAGUCAGUCACUACCCACACUUGACAAUCCAAGAAUAAGGAUGUUUGUUCUGAACUCUCAAGGAUCUUAACAUGUUUUGCAGUGUAUUUGUUUAGACUUGAAUUGACAUUAUUAUGUGUUAAGUGUGGAUUGAUAAUGUAUUCUUAUGUUGUUUAGAGUUGAAUUGAGGAUUAUAUUAUGUAUGAAAUGUGGAUUGGUAAUGUAUUAUUAUUUGAACUUAA